AUGGACCCCCUGAACGACUCCCCCUGGGGGGACGCUCCCGCCCAGAUCCCCAAGGACGACUCCCAGUCCGAUCCUUCCAAGCCGUCAUCCGCUGGUGCCGCUGGCCAAUCCUCCUCCACAGCUACUACGUCCUCACCUUCCUCUGCCCGUGCCUCGCGCCUCCAGCCGCGCCGCCUCGUCGCCCAGCCCACACGCCUCACGGCCGUCGAAGAUGACCCUCUAGGUCCCCUCGGCGCCGCGGCCGCGGGCCCCCUAGCUGGCGGUGGCGGCGACGACGACGCCGGACCUCUUGCUGGUGCAGGUGCCGAGUCGACGCCGCCCGCCCCGCCUCUCAAAGAGCAGCUCCCGCUGCGCACGACGAUGCCUCCCAUUGCUGGCGCGGCAGCGACGCAGCAGGGCCGCAUCAGAGACCCGCACGAUAUCGGCGACGACGAGGAGGGCGCGCGGUUCGUCGACGGGGCGAUGGGGGGCAGGGUGCCGCCGCCAGUGCAGCCGGCGACGCCGAGCGGCGUGCAGAGCGCGAGCAGGCCGAGCGUCAGCGUGGAGCAGGCGGCGAAGCCGAGCUUUGUGAUAUCCGUGGGCGACCCGCACAAGGUCGGCGACUUUGCGGGCACGGCGCAUAUGGUUUACAAUGUGCGGACGCAGACUACCUCCAAGGCCUACAAGCAGAGCGAGUUCGUCGUGCCGAGGAGAUACAAGGACUUCCUGUGGCUCUACAACCAGCUGCACGCCAACAACCCUGGCGUCGUGGUGCCCCCGCCGCCCGAGAAGCAGGCCAUGGGCCGGUUCGAGAGCAACUUUGUCGAGUCGAGGCGGGCGGCGCUGGAGAAGAUGCUCAACAAGACGGCGCACCACCCGACGCUGCAGCACGACGCCGACCUGAAGCUGUUCCUGGAGAGCGAGGCCUUUAACGUGGACGUCAAGCACAAGGAGCGCAAGGAGCCGAACCUCGGCGAGAGCAAGGGCAUGCUGAGCAGCCUGGGCAUCAGUGUCGGUGGAGGCAACAAGUUUGUUGAGCAGGAUGAUUGGUUCCACGAGCGCAAGAUCUAUCUCGACGCCCUCGAGAACCAGCUCCGGACCCUCCUCAAGGCCAUGGACGCCAUGGUCGCCCAGCGCAAGGCCAUGGCCGAGGCCGCCGGCGACUUCUCGUCGUCGCUGCACGCCCUCUCCACCGUAGAGCUCUCGCCCACGCUGUCGGGCCCGCUCGACGCCCUGUCGGACCUGCAGCUGACCAUCCGCGACGUCUACGACCGCCAGGCGCAGCAGGACGUGCUGACGUUCGGCAUCAUCAUCGAGGAGUACAUCCGCCUCAUCGGCAGCGUCAAGCAGGCCUUCCAGCAGCGCCAGAAGGCCUUCUACAGCUGGCACGCGGCCGAGUCGGAGGCGCAGAAGCGCAAAGCCGCGCAGGACAAGCUCCUGCGGCAGGGCCGCAGCCAGCAGGACCGGCUGAACCAGGUCAGCGCCGAGGUGGGCGACGCCGAGCGGAAGGUGAACCAGGCGCGCCUGCUCUUCGAGGACAUGGGCCGGCUCAUGCGGGCCGAGCUGGACCGGUUCGAGAGGGAGAAGGUCGAGGACUUCAAGAGCGGGGUGGAGACGUUUUUGGAGAGCGCUGUCGAGGCGCAGAAGGAGCUGAUUGAGAAGUGGGAGACGUUCCUGAUGCAGCUGGAUGCCGACGACGACGCUACAGCCUUCUACAAGCCGCCCGUCUUCCAGCCUGCGGACAAGCCGGCUGGCGAUACGGCGAUUGACCGGGCGCGGGCGAGGAUCGACGAUGACUCUGAUUAG